AUGUCAGCUGCGGUCCUGGAGAACGGAGGCUUCGGCAGGAAAUCCUUCGACUUGGGACAGGAAACAAGCUAUAUUGAAGACAACCCCAAUCAAAAUGGUGACAUAUCACUCAUCUUCUCACUCAGAGAAGAAGUUGGUGCACUGGCCAAAGUCUUGCGCUUAUUUGAGGAGAAUGAUAUAAACCUGACUCACAUUGAAUCCAGACCUUCCCGUUUAAAGAAAGAUGAGUAUGAAUUUUUUACUUAUCUGGAUAAACGUAGCAUGCCUGCUCUGGUAAACAUCAUCAAGAUCUUGAGGCAUGACAUUGGCGCCACCGUGCAUGAACUUUCCCGAGAUAAGAAGAAAGACACAGUGCCCUGGUUCCCAAGAACCAUUCAAGAUCUCGACAGAUUUGCCAAUCAGAUUCUGAGCUAUGGAGCAGAACUGGACGCAGACCACCCCGGUUUUAAAGAUCCUGAGUACCGAGCAAGACGGAAGCAGUUUGCAGACAUUGCCUACAACUACCGCCAUGGGCAGCCCAUCCCUCGAGUGGAAUAUACAGAGGAAGAAAAGAAAACAUGGGGGACAGUGUUCAGGACCCUGAAGUCCUUGUAUAAAACUCACGCUUGCUACGAGCACAAUCACAUUUUUCCACUUCUGGAAAAGUACUGUGGCUUCCAUGAAGAAAACAUUCCCCAGCUGGAAGAGGUUUCUCAAUUCCUGCAGUCUUGCACUGGUUUCCGCCUCCGACCUGUGGCUGGCCUGCUUUCCUCUCGGGAUUUCUUGGGUGGCCUGGCCUUCCGAGUCUUCCAUUGCACACAGUACAUCAGACAUGGGUCCAAGCCCAUGUACACACCUGAACCUGAUAUCUGUCAUGAGCUGUUGGGACAUGUCCCCUUGUUUUCAGAUCGCAGCUUUGCCCAGUUUUCCCAGGAAAUUGGCCUUGCCUCUCUGGGUGCACCUGAUGAGUACAUUGAGAAACUCGCCACAAUCUACUGGUUUACUGUGGAGUUUGGGCUCUGCAAACAAGGAGACUCCAUAAAGGCAUAUGGUGCUGGGCUCCUGUCAUCCUUUGGUGAAUUACAGUACUGCUUAUCAGACAAGCCAAAACUCCUCCCCCUGGAGCUGGAAAAGACAGCCGUCCAGGAGUACAACAUCACGGAGUUCCAGCCCCUGUAUUAUGUGGCUGAGAGCUUUAAUGAUGCCAAGGAAAAAGUGAGGAACUUUGCUGCCACAAUCCCUCGGCCUUUCUCAGUUCGUUAUGACCCAUAUACCCAAAGGAUUGAAGUCUUGGACAAUACCCAGCAGCUUAAGAUUUUGGCUGACUCCAUCAACAGUGAAGUUGGAAUCCUUUGCAGUGCCCUCCAGAAAUUAAAGUGA